UUUCCGUGCUAUGGCGCGAAAAGACUCCCAAUUCCAAAAAUCCAGUGCGAUAUUAGGGUUUCACCUCACAUGCUACCGGUAGUCUGGUCACUGCUGCUUCCUCUCCCCCACCGCAACGAUUUCCGGAUUUUCAGACCAGCUUGAAGAAAUCAGGGGUCUGAUUUCUUCAGCCGCCACCAAAGCAAACAAGUCGUUCGCCUACUCCACCCUCUUACACCUCCAGCAGCAAUCCUCCGACCGUCACGAUUCAAUUCAAAUGCUUGCGCGGAGCUGCCGGAGCCUCAUCCGUCCGACCGUCGCCGUUGUUCGGAACAAUGACGAAGAAAUUGCAACUCAGGCAUUGGAAUGCUUGGGCUUCAUGAUAUAUCAUCCGUCCAUCGUCGCCGAAAUCGCAGCGGAUGAUGUCAAAUUUGUUUUAGAUUCACUGGCAAAGCUCAUUACAACCACAAAAAUGAAGUCUGUUUGCAAUUUCGGGGUGUGGUGCAUAUCUAUCCAACAAUUGAGUACACCACUUUUAGCUGCCCCUUUCCAUUCUCUUUUGCUUGCAAUUGUUCAUGCCAUUGACAAUCCUAUCAGUUCUUUGUCGACUACUUUUGAGGCUAUUCAGGCUGUUAUCGCAUAUAUGGGCUCCUUCAGUAUAUAGAAGACUCCUUAGCUCUGAUAAGAGGGAGAGGGAUAUGUCAGAGAGGUGUUUAUUGAACACUAGGUCUACAAUAUUACCCCCCCUGCUAAAUCUUUCCUAGGCAGUUGUCAAAGAUUUGAAGCCAAGGUUGCUUACUGGGAUGCACCACAUGCUAACCAGUGGCUUGAAGGUUCAAACUAUUCAAGCAUGGGGAUGGUUUAUCCGCUUACUGGGAUCUCGUGCCUUGAAGAACAGGCAGUUAAUUAAUCAGAUGCUAAAAAUUCCCGAGCAGACAUUUUCAGAUCAUGACUCACAAGUUCAAAUUGCUUCACAAGUUGCCUGGGAAGGUCUUAUUGAUGCCCUUGUUCACCCUACCAUGAUAUUACCCUUUGAGACAAAUGUGACAAAAAAGGACAAUGGUAUGGAACAAAUAGGAACAUGCAAAGGAAACGGUAGUGAAAUUCAAAAAGAGGGAUACUUGAAAAGCACAAAGCUCAUUAUGACGCCACUGAUAGGCAUCAUGCCGACUAAAUGUGAUGUAUCUGUUCACUUAGCUUGCUUGAACACGUGGUGUUAUUUAUUGCAUAAACUUGAUACCUCUCUCAGUGAUUCUUCUAUCAUCAGAAUGGUACUAGAGCCAGUUGUUGAGGCAGUUUUUCAAGUUGAUCCUGAUAGUAAGAGCAUCUGGGCCAGGAAUCUGUGCAUAGAUUUGCUUAAUGUUUUCAUAUUGGCAAAAUGUAAAGAUAUAGAUUAUGACUCACUUAAUCAAGUGAACCAUCAGUUAUUGGGCAAAACCUCUAGGAUUGCUCCCUUUGUAUCUGGAAGUUUCUCUUGGAAGCAUUGUGCCAUCAAAUGGUUUCCAUGGGAUCUGAGUCUUUUAGACUUCCAUUUAAAGAUGAUCUACAUUCUUAUCUGUCAAGCGUCAAGGGAAACUGUCUCCCACGAUAACAGGAUUUCAGCUGCGGAUGCCUCCUUAAGGUUAUUUAGAUCUGUUUUCAAAGGAGUUCAGUUGGAGUUGAAAAGGUCGUCUAUCAGUUAUGAUAAUAUUAUGUUUUGUUUGAAUGCAAUAUUGAAGUUCGUAAAAAAUACUUGUGAAAAAGUUAUUUCAGAUUGUAGUGACAGAAAUGACUUACAUCACAUAUCGCUUCAGUUGGUGGAGGCUGUCUGUGCGGAGAUUGAACAUACUAUAGUGGGAUUCCCUAUUUACAGGGUGCCAUUUCACCAAUGGUUUAUUUAAGUGUACUUUACUUCUGCUUAGUGGUUCAGUCAACAAUGACCGAACCGAAAACAGACAUCAAUCUUCAGAGAAUGCAGAAUUAUUUCAAAUAUCUGUUAUCAAUGUUUGAUCCCCUGGAAAGCCUAGUUGUCACUACUGGAUUAUUGUACAAGCACAGUGGUCCUAGCUGCUUAAGGAUGUGGAUUGCAGUGGCAGAAGGUUUGAAGUUCUACAUUGAUGAUAUGAAGGAUUUUUCGUCAUUGAAAAUGGAGUCUGACUGCAAAUGUUGUUUUGCCAUGUGCGAUCUGUUGUCCUAUCCACUAGUUGUAUGCUCCUGUACUCCGAAAUACUUUAUGUCUGCAGACCUUGGAAGCCCCGCAAAAGAAUCUCAUGCUUCACAUCACAUACAGGUUGAGCUUGAACAAGUUAUCACACUCUGGAUGUCCCUCUAUUGCUCUCUCUGCACCUCAAUAUCUGGGUGUUUCAUUGGCGGCAGUUUCUUUGAGGAUCUAUUUUCAAUAUUGGAUAGGUGCCUUGAAAAGUUUGCUAGCAUGCUGUUGUGUGCUGAUGAGUAUGUCAUAAAAUUCAAUGAUCUGGCUCUUCAUCGCAUUUCCUCAUAUGGCGAUGUGUUGAUAUGUAUUUGAUCAAUUGUACGUAUUUGAUCAAUUGUACAAGAGUUUGUAGAUAGUAUAUUUGAGCAGUUUCACUAUGAAACACCGGCUAGUAAUCUUAUAAAGAAGACAAUGUGAACGACAAGAGACGACUUCUUUCUAUAUCUAUUAUUGAGCUAUCCAACUAUUUGUGGAAGAGACCACUUUGUUUGGUUUGA